AGGCGGCCGGUGGUGGGGGCGGGUGGAGGAAGCGAAGCGGGACGAGGGCGCGGUCGGCUCCGUGGUCGGCGGGGAGGUGCGCGGCCGCGGCGUGGCGGGGAGCUGACGGCGUGCCGGGCAGGUACCGAGCAGCCGGGCACCACGGCGGCCGCGGCAGAGGCCAACGGCGGCGGGGACCCCGGGACGGCGGCGAGGCGGCGCUGGGAUCUGCCCGGCAAGGCGGCCGAGAACAUUGCAAUGGGGAAAGAAGUUGUAGAUAUGUCUACAGAUGAAGAAUCAGACUGUGUAGUUAUAUGUCCACCUAAUGGAAAUGUUGAUCAUGGGGAAGUUGUGAGUGGCAGCCAUGAUGAAGAUUCUCCAGAAAGGCAAGAGACCCCUUAUGCCAUAGACUCACAUAUGGACAGCAAUGGCCAGGAAGAUGUGCCUGUAAACCAAGACUCGCCGAAGCUGAUUCAUGAGCAGGAGUCAUCUCUCACCAGUUCACCAGCAAAGCCUGCUAUAGCUGGACAGCAAGGGUCUAGCCGUACUGUUGCUGAGCCAUGCACUGUCGCAGCUGAAAGGAGGUCAUCUAGAGCUGGAAAUUGUGCUCCAGUUUCUCAUCCCACCAGCAGCGGGGAAAAACUUUCUGAUAAAAGUAGCUCAUCACCAAGAAGCAUGGCAAAGAAGAGUCCAUCAGUCACACCCAGGAAGCCUCUCCAAUCUGACAACACUUCUCACAGUCAAGAAGAGGACUCAUAUUCUGUCACUUCUUCAACUGUAACUUCAGCAAGAGCUGGAAAAACUAAGAAGACAACCGUUGCUGUUGCACCUACAUUUGUCUGUGAUAAUCGUGCUGAGAAGAGAGGAGAGUUUUAUACAAAACUAGAAGAAAAGCGGAAGGCUUUGGAAGAGGAGAAACUCCAAGCAGAGGCCAGGAAAAAGGAAGAUGAAGAAGAAGCUCUAAGACAACUAAGGAAGAACUUGGUUGUCCGAGCAAAACCCAUGCCAAGCUUCUACCAAGAGGGACCCCCACCAAAGGUUGAACUUAAGAAGGUGCCCCCAACUCGUGCUAGGUCACCAAAAUUGACACGGAGAAAGAGCUGCAGUGACACUCCUCAUACACCCGAGGGAGGAAAUGGCAGCGCAGUAUGCUGCCGGUUGCAUCGUCACAGCAUUGGGAACUCCAAAGAUGUUGGCAGCAAGGCACAAUGUUCUCCGAAGGGCUCUUCGAAGACUGGAUCUGCUACAAAAUCCAGGGCCACCAAAUCCCGGGAAGACCUGAAGGCUACCAUGAAGAAAGUUGGACAGCAAAGUGCCACGAAUGUCGCUGUAAAAACCUAACUCAUGAGGCAUUCUCACUCCCAUGCAAUUUUUCAUUUUAAUUUAUACCUCACAUCACCAAAAAGAUGGCCUCACGCCCCGACAACAGUGUGUUUGUUGCUGGAUUAUUUUCCAUUGUCCUUGUAAGAACCAUGCUACAAGAGACCAUGUGCUGUUCCGUGUUGUAAAUUUGUUGAGGUUUUGUAAGGAGUAACCGAGUCGGUUCUGCAAGAACCAAGCUGGCAGCCGAUGAGCUGUUGGAGUGAGUGACACUGUUGAAGUUGUAUGGUGGCAUUGGCAAAUCCUAUGUAUUGUAUCUGAGCUGUAACUUAUUGUGGCCAUUGGCACAGCGACUGUGAUUGUUGUUGCAAAAUCUGAUCAGUUCAUCA